AGACGCACGCGCGGCAGGCAGAAGCCGUGUCAUGGCGUCAUCAUCGUGCGACCUCUUUCCGGGAGGCAGGCGUCCACGGUGUUGAGGUUCUGGACUCUUCUCUCCUGCUUGCGUUUACUUGCCAGCACAUCUGCAGAAGACCAGCUGAAACACCUAGGUGACCAUCAGUGGGGUAGUCGGACUGCAGAGUGAACUGUGUGGCUCUAACUUUCAACCUGCUAGUAGAACUCACAGGAAGAAAAAGGGACACGUUGAACAGUUAUCAUGGUGGCUGGUGCUAUGGAGGCGUAUGAGCAGGUCCAGAAGGGUCCCCUGAGGCUGAAAGGCGUGGCAGAGCUUGGUGUGACAAAGCGGAGGAAGAAGAAGGACAAAGACAAGGCUAAGAUGCUGGAGGCCAUGGGGACAAUGAGCAAGAAGAGUGAGGAGGAGGAGGAGGAGAGGCGCUGCUUGGACCAGCGCACGCCGGCGCAGGUGGCCUUCGAAAAGAUGCAGGAGAAGCGGCAAAUGGAAAGAAUCCUGAAGAAGGCAUCAAAACCCCACAAGCAGAGAGUGGAGGACUUCAACCGACACCUGGACACGCUCACAGAGCACUACGACAUCCCCAAAUUGGUCACAAUGGCAGGUGAAGAAAUGAAUGAAGACUAUCCUGUAGAAAUUCAUGAUUCUUUAACAGCCUUGGAGAGCUCCCUGGGUGCUGUGGAUGACAUGCUGAAGACCAUGAUGUCUGUUUCUAGAAACGAGUUGUUGCAGAAGUUGGACCCACUGGAACAAGCAAAGGUGGAUUUAGUUUCUGCAUACACCUUAAAUUCCAUGUUUUGGGUUUAUUUGGCAACUCAAGGAGUUAACCCCAAGGAGCAUCCAGUGAAGCAGGAAUUGGAAAGAAUCAGAGUCUACAUGAACAGAGUCAAAGAAAUAACAGACAAGAAGAAGGCCGCCAAGCUGGACAGAGGUGCUGCUUCGAGAUUUGUCAAAAAUGCACUCUGGGAACCCAAACCAAAAAACACACCAAGAGCGGCUAAUAAAGGGAAAAGUAAACACUAAUCUUUGGGUUUUGAUGUACAUGGCUUCAAAGGUACAUCAUUUUAUCAGCUUACAGUGUAGUUCUGUGACCGUGCAGUGUUUAAAUGGAUUCCUUUUUGAAUUCAUGUAUAAAUUUACACAUUAAAUUUGUGAUACUGAAUCUUUUUUUUGCUGAGAAAGAUUACGUUGUCUUUAUUGAUUUUCAUAUAAAGCAUCAUGAUAGUUUUAAUAUUGUAAGACAUUCUAUGAGCAAUUGUGAAAUCCAAAUGUUCUUUGUAAACAUUUGUAGUGUUUUAAGUGAAUAAUGAUAUUAUGAAGUGUGCUGUCUGUAGACUGGAGUUAUAAGGACAUCUGUUUUCAGUAAUGAUGAGAAAUGCAAUGACUUAUUUAAAUACCCACUCUGUUUUCUGUUCAGUUAGUUCAACAUGUUUCUGUGAAUUUUUUUUUAGUAAUUGCUGUCUGGAUAUUCAAAGUGCAAAAUUGAAACCUUAAGGCUGUACUUUAAUUCUUCAUGUUCCAUUUAAAAUAAAAUGUUCUCAUUAAUGCUGACGGAAAAUAA